AUGAAGUUCUUGAUUGCUUUAGCACUUUUCGUAGCUUCUUCUGUCGCAUUGGAUUGGAAUCAAAUCCUUCCAAUUAGUGUAGAUCACAGAGUUGAAGCUCUUCGUUCAUCUGCAGCUGGUGAUAAUGGUCGCAUUACCAAUGACAACCUUGCUACUCCCACACAAUUCCCAUAUCAGGCUGGUUUGUUGUUGCAUUUUGCUACGGGUUCCGCCUGGUGUGGUGGUACUUUGAUUUUAAACCGUUGGGUACUCACUGCCGCUCAUUGUACUGAUUCAAUCAACUCAGUUGAUGUCUACCUAGGAGCUACAGAUCGUUCCAACCGAAACGAACCCGGUCAGAAGAUCAUCCGUGUUGACAAAAAGGAUAUCAUCGUUCACGAACAAUAUAAUUCAAGCACCCUCAUGAAUGAUAUUUCUUUGAUCAAAUUGCCAUCUCCAGUUUCACUGAAUGCUUACAUUCAACCCGCUAAAUUGCCAAAGAUGAAUGGCAAAUACUCCAACUACGCCGGAUCCAAAGCUAUUGCUUCCGGUUGGGGACAAAUCACCGACUCUGCUACCUCUGCCACUGACAAACUUCGUUGGAUUGAAGUUCCAGUUAUGACAAACUCUGCUUGCAGCCCCUACUUCGGAGGAUCCGUCGAGGACACUCAUGUUUGUAUCAGCACCAAGGGAGCCAAGUCCACCUGCAAUCUUGAUUCUGGUGGCCCACUUGUCUUGGCUGACGGGAGCAACACUUUUAUUGGAGCCACUACAUUCAGUAUUGCCUUGGGCUGUGAGAAGGGAUGGCCAGGUGUAUUCAUCCGAGUCACUUCUUACUUGGAUUGGAUCCAGAAGAAGAGUGGUGUUGUCAACAAAACGUGUGUUCCAGUUUUCUCAUUUGUUGCAACAAUCGGUCCACCAGAGUCACCGAAACACGAAUGGAAGAAUAGAUUUUUGCAUGUGGCAUCUGGUUCAACUCUUAAUUUAACCGAGUGCAAUUUCGUUGGACGGGCAAUGGAGGUAUUUGUUGAUGUACGUCCCCAUCCAGUUGCCACAAGCAUUUGUCCAGUUGUCAAUAUGACGUCUUUACUUACUUUGACCGUUUUUUUUGUUCAGCUUAUAAGCUUUAUUUCUGCUUCACCAUUUGGCGAUAGUCGAAUAAUUGGAGGAUUACUUGCUCCAGAACAUAGUUUUCCAUAUCUUGUCGGUUUGAGUAUAAUAAAAGCAAAUCAAACAAAUGGAGCAUUUUGGUGUGGAGGAUCAUUGAUAGCACCGAAUUACGUUUUGACAGCUGCUCAUUGUGUUUAUGGUAACAUAAUUGGUGUUCAAGUUAAAUUUGGAGUUCAUAAACGAAAAAGCCUCAAACCUCAUGGUAAUAUGAUUGACAUUCUACCCAAAGACAUCAUAAUUCAUGAAGCAUUCAGCACCAUUACAACGGAAAAUGACCUUGCACUAAUUCAUUUACCUGUAAAUGUCAAUUUGACAGAUGACAUUCAGUUGAUACAUUUGGCUUCAAGUUACAUGGAUCAACAAUUUCUUGAAGGCCAAUAUGUCACUGCAGCAGGAUGGGGAAAAAUACUUGAUAACAUGACAAGUAUCUCGGAAGUGUUACGUUACGUAGAUGUCACAAUUAUCAGUCAAGAGAAAUGCGACAAGGCCUAUGAUGAGGGUUUGAUUACAUUGAAGAAUAUCUGCAUUGAUGGCAGUGAAUUGAAGGGAACUUGUAAAGGGGAUUCUGGUGGGCCAUUAGUUUAUCAGGCAGUGGAUGACAGUAUUUAUUUGGUUGGAAUAACGUCAUUUGGUAGUGAACAUGGUUGUUCGAAAGGAUUUCCUGCUGUCUUUACGAGAAUUACAGCAUUUUUGGAUUGGAUUCUUGAGCAUAUGAAGAUUGCUGACAGUUAAAAAAAAUAUUUAGUU